GCCUAAAGUCAAAUAAUGGCAUACAUGGGUCCUGACCAUAACCAUGACCUAAUAAGCAAUCUCCGAGAUAAGCUGUUAUGUUCAAUCAUCUCACUGCUUCCGGCAAAAGAAGCCGUAGCAACCACCCUCUUGUCUAGCCGGUGGAGCCACCUGUGGAGGUCCCUUUAUCGCCUCGAUUUCGACCCCGUCCACGUCGAAGAUGUGAACCUACUUGAUUUAAUUCCAUUCCAGAUCAUUGAACACGUAGUGUCGUCCCAGCGGACUAAUGUCACCGUCUGCCGGAUUUCUCACUCCCCGGAGGACUGGCCGUCGUUGCUCAAACUGAUCAAUCGCCUCAAAGUGAACAAAUCCAUAGAAGAGCUCCGACUUACUUGUAUAGAUGAUGGAAAUGGAACUGUUCAGUAUCUCGAGUCGUCUAUCUUGCCGGUGAGUCUCUUCCGGUGUGGAACUCUCCGUGUCCUCGAACUCAACAACUACCAACUCAGCGUUGACGACUCCAUUGCUGCGGCUUUCGAAGGUUGUGUGAAUCUGACAACUCUAAAACUCAACUCGGUCCGAGUAACCCCGGAGAGUCUUUUCAGAAUCAUAUGUAACUGUGAGUUCUUGGAGAAUUUGAGCCUGUGUUCUUGUAUUGGAUUAGACUAUAUUAAGAUUAUUUCUAAUCACAACUACUUUAAGUUCUUGGAACUCCGGAAUUUGGAUCUUUAUAAGAUUGAAAUAUAUCUCAAGAGUGUCACUGAACUAGUGCUUGAUAAUGUUCAAUACUCCAAAAGAUGUUAUAUUAACUGCCCAGACCUUCGAGUGUUCCGAGCCUUUGGUAAAAAUAUGACAAAUUCAGAGAUUCUCGGGCGAUGUUGUGGCCUUCUGAGAAGUAGUACUAAAUAUGGAGAAGAGUUUCUUUCUGCCCCGAAUUUGUGCGUGUUAUGCACUGAAUUAGACUUGAAUGACCUCAGAGAUAGUAUCUUAUUCGCUUUCAUUCUCAAAUCGAGUGUUCGUCUGCAAAAAAUCGACGUCACAAAUCGGGCAAACCCAAGUUCAAGCAAACUUCCAUAUAAUGAGUCUCCGUUUUGGGAAAAACCAGAGUUAUCCAAUAAAAUAACACCUCACCUCAAGCUAGUGUGGAUAAGGGGUUUUGCAGGAAAAGAGAGAGAAAUGAUGCUCGCUAAUCAUCUCAUCAAGAAUGCUAUCAUGUUGGAGAAAAUUGUGAUACAAUGUGACGACAAUUGUUCGCGAGAAGGAGCAGUCAUUACGAGGACCUUGCGAUGGCUGCCAAUGGCCUCCAUGAAUGCUUCUGUAAUCCUGAAACCGCCCUCCAAGUUUAUGACCGAGGUUGGUGAUGAUUUUGGUAAUUGGGUUUCGACACUUCUAUCGUACUCUGCUGAACGUCACUUUUAAUUUCAGAUUUUAUAUUUUCAUCAUUAUCAUAUGGAUUUCGGUAUAGAACAUAAAUUUUAUAUUUUCAUCAUUAUUACAAUAUGAAAACUAAUUAAACAUGUUAUUCUGUUAUUUGGGAGAAGUUCAGUUUGAUUUUUUCAAGCGAAAAGUAAUAUUUAGAAAUAUUUAUGGGCUAAUCUUGUUAUUUCUUUAUGAAAUUAGAUGUUUGGUUA